AUGGUAUGUCGUUUGGCGUGCCGAGGUAUCACGAUUUCAGCAGAUUCCACAGUCUUACAUACAACACGUUGCUGGCAGAGUAUCAGCAACGAGCCGCAUAGUGAAAUCGAUGCAAUCCCGCUGGCUGUGGCGGAUAAUAUCACAACGGAGGCGACAGCAUUGACAUCCAAUCAGCAAGUUGGCCACUAUGAUAUAGAGCAACACAUAGCCGAGACGGAAGCCUUGUUACGCGAGGUAUACGGCCCCCAUGCCAAACUGGUGGUUCAGACACUCGCUCAGCAGCAUCAGAAGCAUCACGAAACCUCGGAACACUCCGGUACUGACAAAAAUGAGGUAUCGAUGACAGUCCAUGAGGCGGGCGAGGAAGUUAGUCAAAGUGGUUCUUCCACGGAUAUGGGGGCCGAGUCGUCACCUGUUCAUUUAGAGCAAAGUAUCUCUCACAUAAGAAGGAAAGAUGAUCAUUACUAUCGUGUCUCAGCGGCCUUUCGUCAACUUGGUUUUCCAGUCGAGUUAGCGGCUACCAAAGGCCGCAAGCCCCAGGAGGUGAUUGAUAAGUGUCUCAAGCAAGCACUUAACAGUGAUUUGGAGUUUAUUCAGCCAAAUUCACAUAAACAGAACGUGUAUUAUUCACGCAACAGGUACUCACGUUCAAAAAACUUUACUCCCGAACAAAAGGGGCACUCUCACUCACAAGGUCGCCAAGCCCACAAUCAUGGGGGCAGGAGACAGCAUGCGAUGAAUCCACAUCAGCUGGAGCUCAAGGCUAUUUUGGACGAGCUACGUCAUUUAUGCCUCUUCUUUAGUCGAAAUUUGAAAUUCUCCAUCAGACCGUCCCUUCCCGGGACAGUUGAACUGUCGUCAUCGCGACCAACGUCGGAUCAGGAAGGUGGGGAUGCAGUGGGUGAUAACAUCACAACUGCGGAUCGUUGGCGGUGUCGUGCCUACGUCAAAAAUGAUUGGAGCGCAGUUAGUCGCACAUUUCUGGCGCUUGAAACGAUAAGCAGCUCGCCGAGUGAAGCCUUUUGGCAGUGUGUGGCUGAGCUACGAAAGCGAUACAAAGAAGAGAUGAAUUCGGAUGAUGUGAUGCUAGAGAGUGUGCGCGAGGUAGAGCUGGUAGAGCCGUCAGGCAGGCGUGUGGAGGCCACAUGCGUGGAAGAGACAGACAAGGCCAUGAAUAACACUGACGGUGCGAAGGUUGUGACGCCAAACUCGCAAAACGUAUGUGAAGAAACGCCAGACGAGGGGAAGAUCGGUGACGCUGUUGGUGCAGAUCUAGGCGAGGGCUUUGACAGUUUUGUGCACACCUACUGCGCCUCCGUCAAGAUGGAAGACGAGUAUGGUAAUGUGACGGUGUUGCAGACGCGCCGUCAGCCAACACAGAUUCAAGCGUACCAAGGCGCAGCCUUGCAAGCCAUUCGUUCGAAGAGUCCGUGGGGACGUGGGGUACACCUGCUAAGCGAAAAUUUAGCAUCAACCCCACUGCUGCUGCGAAUGCGCUGGCAAUUUGAUGCUAUGGUGACCGCAAUUGCAGCACUAACUGGAAAGAAGCCAGAUGAAGUGGCCGAAAUACGCCUCAAAGGGAUAGGUAAUUCGCUGUCAAACCAAGCGACACCGGAUGGUACUCUCUUGCUAUCGUCUUCAGUGAUGCCUGUACAUAGUUUUCCAUCCGCAUCUUCACCCAAUCUAUCCUUUAGGGCAUCAUUCUCAUGCGAUGGGGCACUUGUGUGGGAAUCGACGAGUGGUGGGCGGUAUCGAAUUGAAUUUGAUGCCUAUGUUCAGGCCCUGCAUUAUCUUCUUGAUCAGUAUGGAGAUCUCAUCGCUACAUGGAUACACAGAGGCGGGUCCGAUGGUCCCGAGUAUCAUCUGGAUGAGGGGAGCCAUGGUAAUGUGGCGGGUCUGCUUCGCAUGGGUGACUCAUGUGUGCUGUUUCCAUCAUCUGCCAUGCUGCAGCUUGCGGUAGAGCUUCACGACCGCUUCAAUAUUCUAAAGAAUCACAGUGGCAAGUGGAACUGCUAUGCUCUGCUGGGAACCCUCACAUCUCGGCUUCUAGGGUGCUACUAUCAAACUUCUUAUUCGUUUAAUGAGGAUACUAAGGAGUGGUGGGCAACGUUGACAGUAGAUGACGGAUUAAGGACCGAUCAAGUGCUUAUCCAGCGUUCCUCUAAACAGAAAGGUGAGGCCUGGCGUCUUGCCUGUUUGGCUGCCUUGCGCGAGAACUUUCCGCGACAGUACGAGGAGGUGAUACGACGAUAUCCGGAUGUUGAUCUUUCGGGUGAUACCAUGUCCCGUAGCUCCCGGUUCCGCGCGCUGCCGCGUGAGAAGCGUAUCCAGCACAUUGGGAAUCUCUUCUCCUUGGUAUCAAUUUUCGCAGAGGAGGACCUUGGGUGGACCCAACUGCGAAUUCGUCUGCGGAACGCUUCUGGGGAUAUUGGCCUUCCACAGUGGAUUGCCGAAAUGGAGGCACAGGUAGAGGGUGAGGAGGGUCGGCGCGUGGUCGCGGUGUCUCCGUCCUAUGCGCAGGUUCGGAAUGCCCGCCGUGCACUUGUGUACCGUGUGGCCAAGGCCUACUUCCCGAAGGAAUUGUCCAUUUAUCAGAAGCUGCAACGCAGCGAUUCUCAGGACCCCGAUACAGACCCUACGAUACGCCGCGCAAGGCUAUACCAAGUUGGUGGACCGCCCUUCUUGUGGCAGCUGUGCACGCUGCUUGGAAGUAAGCACCCAAGUUUAGAGCCCAUCACAUGGCAGAUUCGACUGCGCCCCCGCGUGCAUAGCUCCAACACAACCUUCGAGCAAUCCACCGAUUGUGUGGGGCGACAGCAUGAUGACUUCAACGCGAAUGCUGGUGAGUUCUCUUCGCACCCGCCAAGUGACGAGGAAGUUGGGGAAUGGCUAUCUGUGUUGAGCGAGGGUAAUCCUCUUGCGUUACUGGAGAUUUUGUCAUCCCCAGACCAGCUACAUCAGCCCCUUGGUGCACACUUUACUUAUGCUGCAGAUGUGUUUGGUGCCAAUGGCGAUGUACUCAUCACUGAAUAUCACGGUGGGCCUAGUGAAAGUGCCGUAAGUGUUUUGACAGCGGCCCUGAAAGCGGCAUCCAAACAGUUAGGCGGCAGCGAUGCUGAGGUGCUGUGGACAGAAUUUGAAACACAUUCUUGCCCUCCUAUGAAUCACCCGAAGGAGCUUUCUUUGUAUCUAUUUCACACCUUUUUCGGAGAUAGUGGGGCAGCCUGGGGUCUAACCGAUGACACACAUCCGGUGACGGCAUGGAAGUCUAACGGCGCAAUAACCAAACCGCUUUCAGACAGCAGUGCAGGUCAGGGCGCUGAAUCGAGCAGCAACAAUGAGGAGCCGCUGAUAUCGUUGUCAGCGGCUCGAGAAGAGAAUAACCGCGAAGCGACACCGACUGUCGCGAAUGCCUCUGUACUCGCUAUCAACACACUUCAGUUGGGGAACUAUUGGGUGUCGACAGUGUGCUUGCGGCAGUUAGGCAUGCUACCCAUCGUGCGUGCCAUAGCCGCUACUAAGCGGGGUAGCGUUAUGGACGCCCUCACGCUGGCUGCGCGCCUCAGUUUCGCGCGCCCUCUGCGUGAGAUGGCGAAACACCAACCGGCUGUGUCUGCAUUGGCAACUGAGUUACUAACUGAUCCUGUUGUGGAGAGAUUGUCUGAAGUUGCGGUACAGGACUUGUUGACGCAGAUAAAUUACCAGCAGCGCGCUGGCCAGCGGAGGCUGUCGCCGUUCAAACUCCUAUUGAGGUGCAUGUACCGAGACUACAGGCGGCAGAAACGAAUUCGUGCCCAGCAGUCUCAAGAGGCUGGCGGAGGUAGUUUUCAGUGCCGCCUCUACAUACAGUCUGACACACGGCAGGUAAGAAAAGGGGACGUGCAGCUUGUAGGGUUCGGUUCUGCAAUAAGCUCUGGGGAAGCGUUGAAUCAGGCCUCUCUCAUGGCCUUGAAAAACCUUUUCCCGGAGGACGCGGCUUCGGCAAUGGGAAUAGCUCCUGAAUAG